GCCACCAACCCCCUCCAUCCUCCCCCCCAACCUAGCCGUUCUAUAUAAACCGCUCCUGCAGUUCUUCCUCUGGACAUUACCCAGAUUCCGGCUGCGUCGCGAGAUCCUUGAAAUCUCGCCGAUUUUGUGCCAGGAAGGAGCGGAAAUCUGAAUCUGAGGGGCUAAUCUACCGUUUCAGUAAUGGCUCUACCGAACGCCGCCGUCCUGUCGUCGAAAUCGAUAAUCCAGUCGCAGAAUCUCAUCCCUGGGGGACUUUCUCCUACAAUCCCCUGCACUUCAUCGAUUCCGGCCGUGCGCCGCAACAUCUCGGCCGUGCAUGCGGCUGAGCCGGUGAAGAAGCCGGUCGUCGCUCCGGUUAAGAAGUCGGCUGAGAAAUGGGCGCCGGAGACCUGGAAGACGAAGAAGGCGCUGCAGCUUCCAGAGUAUCCCGACGAGGCGGAGCUCGAGUCGGUGCUGAAGACGAUGGAAUCGUAUCCGCCGCUGGUGUUCGCCGGGGAGGUCAGGAGCCUGGAGGAAAGACUGGCGCAGGCCGCAUUGGGACAAGCCUUUCUUCUUCAAGGCGGCGACUGUGCCGAGAGCUUCAAGGAGUUCAACGCUAACAAUAUACGAGAUACUUUCCGGAUUCUUCUGCAGAUGAGCGUUGUCCUCUCCUUCGGUGGCCAGUUGCCUGUUGUUAAGGUUGGAAGAAUGGCUGGCCAAUUUGCCAAACCAAGAUCGGACCCGUACGAGGAAAAAGAUGGCGUGAAGCUGCCGAGCUACAAAGGCGACAACAUCAACGGCGAUUCCUUUGAUGAGAAGUCAAGAAUUCCCGAUCCCCACAGGAUGAUAAGGGCUUAUUGCCAGGCUGCAUCGACUCUCAACCUUCUCCGGGCCUUUGCCACUGGUGGAUAUGCUGCGAUGCAGAGGGUUACUCAGUGGAAUCUUGAUUUUGUCGAGCACAGCGAGCAGGGUGACAGGUAUCAAGAAUUGGCUCACAGGGUCGACGAGGCUUUGGGAUUCAUGGAGGCUGCUGGGCUUACCGUUGAUCAUCCUGUUAUGUCGACAACAGAAUUCUGGACCUCCCAUGAGUGCUUGCUGCUGCCUUAUGAGCAAGCCCUCACUAGAAAAGAUUCGACUUCUGGCCUCUAUUAUGGCUGCUCUGCCCACAUGCUUUGGGUCGGUGAACGUACACGUCAGCUGGACGGUGCGCACGUUGAAUUCUUGAGAGGAGUUGCCAAUCCACUUGGCAUCAAGGUGAGCCAAAAGAUGGACCCGAAUGAACUGACUAAAUUGAUCGACAUCUUGAAUCCCACCAACAAGCCGGGAAGGAUAACUGUCAUAGUCAGAAUGGGUGCCGAAAACAUGAGGGUUAAGCUGCCGCAUUUGAUCAGGGCCGUUCGACAGGCUGGGCAAAUCGUGACUUGGGUUUGUGACCCUAUGCAUGGGAACACCAUCAAGGCACCUUGUGGACUCAAAACCCGCGCUUUCGAUGCAAUCUUGGCGGAGGUGAGGGCUUUCUUCGACGUGCACGAGCAAGAAGGCAGCAACCCAGGUGGGAUCCAUCUGGAGAUGACGGGGCAGAACGUAACGGAAUGCAUCGGAGGGUCGAGAACGGUGACGUUCGAUGACCUGAGCUCCCGCUACCACACCCACUGCGACCCGAGGCUGAAUGCGUCUCAGUCGCUCGAGCUUGCUUUCAUCGUGGCGGAGAGGCUAAGGAAGAAACGGAUGGCCACUAACCGUCUGAUGCCUUGAAUAGAUAGGCGCCGCCGCGCACUCUAAUUAGCCGAUACUCCGGGUCGGGUCGGGUCGAGAUGUGGUAAAAAUUUGGUCUGUGGAUGUUUGUUAUUGUUAUUGUUAUGACAGUGGUAGUAAUAGUAAUAAUAAGUGUGUACAAUCGACAAUGCAAUGGUAACAAGCAAGAAGGGGGUUUUUGUAUGCUAUGCUUAAUUUGGUUCAUUCUUGGGGUAACUGUCGAGUCUAGUUUGAGUCUAUUUUAUGGAGGGAGUAUUAUUAUAUAUACAAUAUAUAUAUAUAUAUAUAUAGAGAGAGAGAGAGAGAGAGAGAGAGAGAGAGAGAGAGAGAGAGAGAGAGAGAGAGAGAGAGAGCUUUUACCAUAUUUGUCGUUGGAGUUGAACUCAUCUCGGUUGGCGUUGCUGUAAUGUUUUAUGUUCAUAGCCUUUUCACUUUUGUGUCGUUUGUACUUUGUACUCUGUUUCUAUCACAUCAGCUUUAACGUUUCAUGUAUUUUUUUCA